AUGGUAAUAAACGGUUAUCUUUCUCUUCAAGAAUAUUGGGAAACUCCUGAAGAAAUUGGACUUGUAGCAUCAUUCUUAGAUCCAAGAAUUAAGUAUUUAAAGUUUCUUGGUGAUGAAUCAAUAAAAAAAACUAUAACUAAUAGAGUGCGAACACUUUGCAAUGAGGAAAAAUACUACCAGCCCUCAGUUGAGCUUGACAAGUCACCUAUUAUGUCAACUCUCGAACCUGCAACAACCAAUAACUUGAUUGUGGCUUUAUAUAGUAGUGAAGAACCUGAUGAUAAAAUUUACAAUGAAACUGAAGUUGACCGUUACCUCCAUGAACCUGUUGAGAAAAAGGGCUGCAAUCCACUAGCAUGGUGA